AUGGCGACGAACAAUGCGAUCACGGGGGCAGGUACCGGGAGCGAAGCCAGGUCUGAAGGGGCUCCACCUCACUCCACUCCAAAGCGAGCUCGCGAACACGAACAGAACGGCGAAGACCCGGGGGAACAACCACUGACACUUGCUCUACUACAACAAGCUCUGCAGGUCAGCCAAAGGGAGAUUACCCACUCGCUCCAUGAGUCCUUGGAGGGGAUUGGCAGACGAGUCGAGAACCUGGAAGGCAACUUCGAGCAGCACGUCGAACGAACAACACAACUGCUGGGGGCAAUGACCGACCGCCACUGCGACAUCGAACACACUGUCAAGAAGGUCGACCAAUCCUAUGAGGAAGUGCGCCGCCGCCUGGAGCUGCUGGAGGGCAAGUUCGCCACCGCAUCCUUCUCUACAACAACCAACACAAGCCUGCGCAGCACAGACACCGGGGGACAAGAAAAUGCCCGCCCGGCUGUCAUCAUGGGGGGAUGGGACGCAGACCAGAGUGCAAGCGAAACCCUGCGACUGGUAAAACAGCACAUCGCCGAGCUCCACAUCGACAUUGACAUGGACGAUGCCUUCGUCCCAGGAAUCCGGCGGGGAUUCGCCAUCGUCCCCGUUGCAGCAAGAGCCAAUGAAAGCCAAGGGGAUUUUCGAGCUCGCCUUCGUGAAGCCUUGAAGGAGAUACGAGAGUCCAAGGUCAUCACGGGGCAAAGGCCUGAAGGGGGAGACCGCCAUUUCUGGGCAGCCAUGUGUGAAAGUCCCGAGCGUCGCAAACGAGCCCAAUUUGCAGGCAAAGUAAAGAGAUUGAUCUUGGAGAUGCAGGGGGACAAGCACAAGCUCGACGUGGAAUUCGGCACUGGCAACGUAUGGUACAGCAGUGUCAAGAUCGCAUCCGCUACUACAUCACCACCGCCUGGAGCCGAGACGGAUCCCGGGGAAGUGCAUGCAGUCACAUGGAAUGUUGGGGGACUGACACCACUUCGAGCCCUCCAGCUUCUUCGUGACCUUCGAAAAGAACGAAUUCACCCUUUCCAUGAGUCCUUCGUGCUACUCCUCCAAGAGAUAGUGGUCGACGAGGGCAAGCACACCCACGAACUCGACGACAUUCAGAUGAUUGCAGGUAAACGCACAGAUGACUGGCGUGGCACAGCGAUUGCCCAUACAGCCGAUAUGCAGCACAACCGUCACAAGCUGCUGGACCAUGCCAACUGCGCUGUGAUCUGCAUGAACAAACUCCGCGUCACCGUGACCUCCGGGCACAUACCACACCACUGCACCGUAAUCGAGUGUUGUGGCAUCCUGGAGAACUGGAAACAGCACGUCCAGGGGGACAGGAAGAUCGUGAUAGGCAUGGACGCAAACGAGACCUUCAAGGCUGGGCAUGAAACUGAUGUGCUCUCUGACUCGGCACGAGGGGAACUUAUCCUCACGUGGUGGAUGGCACUGAAGGGCGAUUUCCCCAUACAGCAGCUCGCCAAGCCCUCGUAUUACCCGUACAACCACCGCAUGAAUCCACGCCGCCUGGACUAUGUGCUCACGAAGACUAUAACCACCCAAGCGGGGGACGUGGGGAGCCUUCGGAACCUGGCGAUCAGUGACCAUGAACCAGUGUGGGUGCCCUGCUUGAUGCCACUGGCAAGAACCCAACCGGCAAAACGCGAGAAGCCUUGGGGCUGCCGGCAAUUGCGAAAUGCCACAGUCGUCGAGAAGAUCCUGGACGACAGACCACGUGUCUCUGGCGACCCUCUUUGGCAACUUCGCGAGAUUGCGGUAGCCGUCACGAAGCCUGGCAGGGGGAUCCUUGGAUUCCGGGAAAGCGAGGAGCUAAAAACUCGACGGCAGCUGAUCAUCCGCAUGAUCCCGGGGGAUGAACAGAGACGCCAGUGGAAAGAAGUGCUGAAGCUUCGCAGACAAGAACAUCGCCAAUGGAAAACGACCAUGCACGAGAAGGCGGGGAAAGGCUUCUGGCAUUCUAAGAAAAUCAUGGACAGCGACGGGCACACCACAGCCUGGGAACUACAACUACAAGACGAUGAACGUUGGCGGGAGACCUUGCACAAGCACUUCAGCGACAUUUUCAACAAGCAACGACGUCCUGAAGUGGACCGGAAAAUCUCGGAGAUCAACGACAAGCUGACCGCUAUGUGCAAACUCACAAAGUGGUGCCCCUUCGACGAAACUGAGCUGAAGGCUGUUCGAAAAAGGUGGAAAAAUGGGAAGUCCUGCGGGUUGGACAGUAUCGCCAACGAAGCACUCAAGGCCCUCUCCAAGCAUGACUACUGGCGGGGGAAGCUGCUGUACUUUCUCAAUGACUUGCUGUACGUCGGCAAGCUGCCACAAGGCCUCGAAGCUGGAGUCACCGUACUCUUAGCGAAGUGCCCCACCCCCCAGUCCUGGGGGGAUACAAGACCUAUUACCUUAAGUUCGACGUUGCUGAAAACUUUUUCGCAGCUGAUCAUACACCGAACCGCCCAUAUGGUACAAGGUCCGUCAAGACUACAGUGGUCACGACGCCAUCGACAAGGGGUGGAACUCAUCAUGAUGUUGAGGAAGGUCUGCAGAACAGCACAUGACUGGGGAAUCCCCAUGUACAUUGCCAAACUGGACAUUCGCAAGGCAUUCGACUCUAUCUACCAGGAGGCGCUCGCCGAACAGAUCGCCCACGAUGUGGGGGAAGUCGGGGGAUCCCCCUGGGAAGCUCGAGCGUGGGUACAACUUCUGCACGCCCAGAAGGUCACUGUACAUUUCCGGGGGGAAAACUUCGACGUGGACCAAACUAAUGGCGUCCGUCAGGGGAGCCCCGAUAGCCCCAUCGCAUUUGGACGUGUGGUCGCCCUCGAGCUGGAACGCUCGAUCCAGCAGUCCGCGCCCGCAAAGUGCACUUUCGGGGAACCACCACCGGAAGAUGGAUGUUGCUACAUGGACGACAGCUACAUAUGGUCGACCACGCGACACCACCUACAGACCAUGCUGGACAGGCUGGGGGACAACCUUCCACCCAAGGGCCUGGACAUCCACCCCGACAAGACGGAGAUCAUCGACAACCAGCAGGGGGGAGUAUCCUUCCAGGUGGCGGGGAACACCGUGACCAGCAAAGGGCCCAAGCACAUCAUCAGAACUCUGGGGAGCCCGAUCUGUUUUGCCAGCCCCCCUGCUAUACUCGUAGCCGAAAUGCAAGGCCGGGGGAGACGUGCCUUCAGCAAACACAGGGGGACGCUCAUGUCGAAGGCCCCUCUCAAAAGCCGCUUGCAGCUCCACACAGUGCUAGUCAGACAGAGCGCCUUAUGGGCGUGCGAAACGUGGCCAUGCGUGGACUAUGUGCUGAAAGCCGCCAACGCCUUGCAGUUACUGCAUACAAGGACUAUGAUGUCCCCCCAGCGUCACGCGGGGGAGUCCUGGCCGGACUGGAAUGCAAGGACUAUGCGAAGGGCACGCCUGCAGCUGCACCAGUGCAAAAUCGACAGAUGGAGCAGCUUCAUCCUUCAGCAGAUAUGGGGGCUGAUGGGACACAUAGCACGCGGAGACAUAGUCGCUUCAAAAAUGCUCCGAUGGCGUGACCUCCGCUGGUGGCGCAUCGAACAAUCGGUUCCGCAGAGCUGGGGCGGCGAACGACAUGCCAGCCGCUUCCACCCUUUGCUAGACGUGGAACGCCAGAUCAGCGACAUAGCCGGGGAAGCAUGGCAGGAGACCGCCCAGAACAGACUGGUCUGGGAAACUCUGGGGGAGCAGUUCGUCGAACGUUUCGACGUACCCUGGACCUCGGGGAACCAAGCCCAGCUCGAGAACUUGGCGCCAAACCGUGCGGCGGAGACCACCACAAGAACCAGUACCAAGAAGAGGAAAAGAAAACCCAGAAUGCUGAAGUACGACGAGAGCCGAUGA